AUGGCCGUGUGGCCCAGCAUCUUCCUCCUCGGGCUGCUGCCGCUUCUGGGGCAAGUUGGUUCCAGGGAAAUAACCAGAAUUAUUAUGAUUAUUUUUUUAGGGGCAGAUCAGAUCCAAGCCUCUUCUGGAAGGAAUACAUUGGAAGGACAGCUAUGGCCAGAGAGCCUGGGGAAUUUUCCAUUCCCAUGCAACCCCAUGAAGUCAGCAGUGAGUGUGCCUUCUGAGUCAGUUCACACUCUGAGGCCUUCGGACAUUAAGUUUGUGGCAGCUAUUGGCAAUCUGGAAAUUGCUCUGGACUCCAGGGUAGAAGACCUGGGCGAGCAGCUUGGGGCUGAGAAGGUGGUGCAGCCGGCAUGUGUGGGCGUGAUGACAGUCCUCUCAGACAUCGUCAGCCAUUUCAAUCCUGCUGCUCUGACCCCACGGUGUCCCGCUGAGACGAGCGUGGUGCUGCAUCAUGGUGGUGCAGAGGAUUUGUGGGCUCAAGCUCAAGAGCUGGUGAGAAGCAUGAAAGAGAAUCAGGAACUUGAUUUUCAACGUGACUGGAAGCUCAUCAAUGUGUUCUUCAGUAACACAAGCCAGUGUUUCCCAUGUCCCUCUGCUCAACAGAUGAAGCUGGCACCACAGGGCAUGGAUAAGCUGAUGGCAACGCUGGACUACCUGCAGCAGGAGGUCCCCAGAGCCUAUGUCAACCUCGUAGACCUCUCAGAGUUGGCAGCAUUCUCUCGCUGGCGUCAGGCAUCACAGCUAAGCCCAGCGACCAAGUCCUGUAGUUGCUUGGAGGAGACCUCACAGCUGGCCAAGGUUCUGACGCAGUGGUCCUACCUGGAAGCCUGGGACAGCCUUCUGGCCACCAGCAAGUACAACAAGCAGGAGUCCUUCGCAGUGGUGUUCCAGCCCUUCUUCUAUGAGACCUCCCCGUCAUUGCUUUCAGCGGAGCCCCCACUCCAAGACCCCAGCACACUGGCCUUGAGUCUCUGGAACAAAAUGAUGGAGCCUGUAGGAAGGAAGGAAGAGCCAUUCAGUGAGAGAGAGAGGAGGCCACUGAAGUGUCCCUCGCAGGAGAACCCCUACCUGUUCACCUACGGGAACAGCAAGCAGCUGUCCAGAUCAUCACAACCCAAGGGGAAGCUUGAGGUGAGAGAGGGGACAGAACUCAGAUGUCCGGACAAGGACCCCUCGAAUGAGAUUCCCACCUCAGUUCACAGGCUGAAGCCGGCUGACAUCAAGGUCAUAGGCGCCAUGGGCGAUUCCCUCACAGCAGGCAACGGGGCCGGGUCCCUGCCCGGGAACGUCCUGGAUGUCAUAACUCAGUACCGAGGCCUGUCCUGGAGUGUCGGCGGUGAUCAGAACAUCAGCACCGUCACCACGCUGGCCAAUAUCCUCCGGGAAUUCAACCCCUCCCUGCAGGGCUUCUCUGUUGGCACUGGGAGAGAGACCACUUCCGGAGCCUUCUUCAACCAGGCAGUGGCUGGCGCCCGAGCUGAUGGGUUAGUCGCCCAAGCCCAGAGGCUGGUGACCCUGAUGAAGAAUGACACGAGGAUAAAUUUCCAGGAGGACUGGAAGGUUAUAACGGUGUUUAUUGGAGGCAAUGACCUCUGCGAUUCCUGCAAUGACCCGGCACGCUAUUCUCCUCAGAACUUCACAGACAACAUCGCCAUGGCGCUGGACAUCCUCCAUGCUGAGGUCCCCCGGGCCUUUGUGAACCUGGUGGAGGCGCUCGAGAUCUCCAAGCUGCGGGAGCUCUACCAAGAGAGUAGAGUCAGCUGCCCCAGGCUGAUCCUCAGGUCUCUCUGUCCCUGUGUCCUGAGGUUUGAUGACAACUCCACAGAGCUCGCCACCCUCAUUGACAUAAUCAAGGCGUACCAGAAUAACACGCAGCACCUGAUUGACAGCGGGCGCUAUGACUCGAAAGACGACUUCACAGUGGUCCUGCAGCCAUUCUUCGAGAACGUGAACAUGCCGAAGACCGCGGAGGGGCUGCCAGACAGCUCUUACUUCGCCCCCGACUGCUUCCACUUCAGCAGCAAGGCGCAUGCGCAUGCAGCCAGCGCUCUUUGGAACAACAUGCUGGAACCUGUUGGGCAGAAGACAAGGGAGAAUAAUUUUGAAGGCGGAGUCCAUCUCUCAUGUCCAAACCAGGUCUGGCCAUUCCUGAGCACCUACAAGAACAGCGAGCAGGCUCAUGGGACCUGGCUGCCGUGCACAGAAAGAUCCUCUUCUGGCUCCCGUCCCACCUCAGUGCAUGCCCUGAGACCCGCGGACAUCCAGGUUGUGGCUGCUCUGGGAGAUUCUCUAACUGCUGGCAAUGGAAUUGCUUCCAAACCAGAUGACCUCGCUGAUGUUGUCACUCAGUAUCGGGGACUGUCAUUCAGUUCAGGAGGGGACGACUCCCUGGAGAACGUGACCACCUUACCUAACAUUCUCCGACAGUUCAACAGUGGUCUCGUCGGCUACGCUGUGGGCACUGGUGAUGCCAGUACUACCAAUGCUUUCCUCAACCAGGCUGUCCCUGGAGCCAAGGCAGGGGAUCUGGUGAGCCAAGUGCAGGCUCUCAUUCAGAGGAUGAAAACCGACCAUAGAAUAAACUUCCAAGAAGACUGGAAGGUCAUCACGGUGCAGAUCGGAGGCAGCGACUUGUGUGACUACUGCACAGAUUCGAACUUGUAUUCUGCAACCAACUUUAUUGAACACUUGCGUGAUGCCUUGGAUGUCCUCCACAGUGAGGUGCCCAGGGCCUUUGUCAACCUUGUGGACUUCAUGAGCCCAAGUGUCAUCCGACAAGUGUUCCUGGGGAAUCUUGACACGUGCCCAGUGAAGCUUGCCAGCGCCUUGUGUAACUGUGUCCUGAGCCCACGGGAGAACUCCUAUGAGCUGACCCGGUUGGAGGCCCUGGCACAAGCCUACCAGAGCGGCAUGCGGGAGCUGGUGGAGUCAGGCCGUUACGAUACGCGGGAGGACUUCACCGUAGUGCUGCAGCCCUUGUUCCACGAUGUCCGGCUUCCUGUCCUGCAGAACGGGAGCCUGGACAGGUCCUUCUUUGCACCCGACUGUAUCCACCCAAAUCAGAAGUUCCACUCGUGGCUCUCCAGGUCCCUCUGGCGUAACAUGCUGGAGCCACUAGGAGGGAAAACAGACAUCCUGGACCUGUCAGCGAACCUUGCUCUCGCCUGCCCCACUCAGAACCAGCCCUUCCUGAGAACCUUCCAGAACAGCGACUACACGUACCCCACCAGCAAGCCUGCCAUUGAGAACUGGGGCAGUGACCUGCAGUGUACAACGUGGCGUCCUUCCAAGAGUGAUCCCAGCUCGGUCCAUGAACUCCACCCAGCACACAUCAAAGUGGUGGCCGCCCUGGGUGACUCGCUGACGCUGGCCAUAGGUGCUCGACCGAGCAACACCAGUGACCUGCCCGUGUACUGGAGGGGCCUCUCCUGGAGCAUUGGUGGGGAUGGGGCCUUGGAGACGCACACCACACUGCCCAACAUCCUGAAGAAGUUCAAUCCUUCCAUCCUGGGGUUUUCUACCGGAACCUUGGAGGAGACGAUGGGACUCAAUGUGGCAGUGCCAGGGGCCAGAGCUCAGGACAUGCCUGCCCAAGCCCGGGAUCUGGUGGAGAGAAUGAGAAACAACCCUGAGAUCAACCUGGAGAAGGAUUGGAAGCUGGUCACACUCCUUGUUGGGGGCAACGACUUGUGUCAUUUCUGCGAGAAUCCGGGAGCCGGCUCAGAGGCAGAGUACAUCCAGUACAUUCAACAGGCCCUGGACAUCCUCUACGCAGAGCUUCCAAGGACCUUUGUCAAUGUCGUGGAGGUCAUGGAGCUAGCCGGCCUGCACCAGGAUCAAGGCGGGAAAUGUGCCACACUCCUGGCAGCUCAGAGCCAAUGCACCUGCUUCCGAUACUCUCAGAGCUCUCCAGAGAUGCAAGAACUGAAGAAAAUGAAUUGGAACCUGCAGAGCGGCCUCUCCCAGCUCUCCUAUACACACCAGUAUGUGCAGCGUAAGGACUUCACCGUGGUCGUGCAACCUUUCCUACAGAAUACUCUGGUCCCACUGACUGAGACAGGGGACGCCGACCUCACUUUCUUCUCUGAGGACUGCUUCCACUUCUCCGAGCGCAGUCACGCUGAGAUGGCCAUCGCACUCUGGAACAACAUGCUGGAACCAGUGGGCCACAAGACGACCUCUAGCAACUUCACCUACAGCAGAACCAAACUCAAGUGUCCAUCUCCUGAGAGCCCGUACCUCUACACCCUUCGGAAUAGCCAGCUGCUCCCCGACCAGGCUGAAGCAGCCCCCACGGUGCUCUACUGGGCUGUGCCAGUAGCAGCAGGAGCUGGCCUACUCAUUGGCAUCCUUGCAAUGGUGGUGUGGACAGCUGUGCGGAAGCAGCGGAACCCCUCAGUGGUCAUGGCCACAGGCUUAUAGGCCCAAGCCACACUUCAACCUGGCUCCUCUACCUCAGCCACCUGCAGCCGGA